AGGGAGUGGAGCCGGGCUUCCUUAGAAGCUACGACUCAACGGGCCGUUCUUCGGGAUGGCGCGGACCCGCCUCCCUGCGGUGGGCGGAGGCGUGCACGGCGCACGCCCACAGCGCCCGAGGUCUAGGUGUCUUGCUCCUCAAUUCCCGGGCACCGCGAGUUCUUGAGCGCUCUCGCGAGACUUUUGUAGAGCUGUUGGGGGCGCGAGCGGCGGCGACAUAGUAUUUUAAUGGCGCCGUUAGUUGAGGGAAAGACUUUUUAUAUUCUAUAUACAGAAGGUGCAAGACUUUAAAUGCAUAAACGUUUUCAGAAGGGGGAGCCCGCUUCAUGCUUCAGAGAGUACCGUGUUAUGCGUGUAAUGUUCCAAAAAUAAUCAGUCCAGGGUGCAGUUCAUUUUGAAUUUUACUCCAAAUAAAUUGUCGAGGUUUUCGGACAGGCCGAUGGACACUGCCUGGGUUUAACUUGUGAUAUCCCUACUGCCGAGUUAGUGACCCAACUUAAGUGUCUUCCUCCCCUUUACCUUUCCGUGGGGGAGCACAUCAAAGACAACCUGGGGUUAACGGGGUCUGACGUUUCGGAAUUUCCUUCGCAUUGUGGAAGGAAGAAGUUAGAAACCUGGAAGGAAAGGUGGGGGUAAACUAUACACUUCAAAAAAGGCUCGCUCGUGGGGUACCUAGACGUGACCUGCGUGUUGAAAUCAAUUGAUGUUAGUAAGAUCCGUACAAAAUGAGCCUGCAAAGAACGAUGCAAAAGCCACCAGCAUCCAAGUGGUUGUUAAAGAGGGAGGCCUCAAGUUGAUUCAGAUCCAAGACAAUGGCACUGGGAUCCGGAAAGAAGAUCUGGAUAUUGUGUGUGAGAGGUUCACUACAAGUAAACUGCAGUCCUUUGAGGAUUUAGCUAGUAUUUCUACCUAUGGCUUUCGGGGUGAGGCUUUGGCCAGCAUCAGCCACGUGGCUCACGUUACUAUUACAACCAAAACAGCUGAUGCAAAGUGCGCAUACAGAGCAAAUUACUCAGAUGGAAAGCUGACAGCUCCUCCUAAACCAUGUGCAGGCAAUCAGGGGACCCAGAUUACAGUGGAAGAUCUCUUUUACAACAUAUCCACAAGGAGGAAAGCUUUAAAAAAUCCGAGUGAAGAGUAUGGGAAAAUUUUGGAAGUUGUUGGCAGGUAUUCAAUACACAAUUCAGGCAUUGGUUUCUCAGUUAAAAAACAAGGCGAGACAGUGGCUGACGUUAGAACACUGCCCAGUGCCACAACUGUAGACAAUAUUCGUUCCAUCUUUGGAAAUGCUGUUAGCCGAGAACUGAUAGAAGUCAGGUGUGAGGAUAAAACCCUAGCCUUCAAAAUGAAUGGCUUUAUAUCCAAUGCAAAUUACUCCGUGAAGAAGUGUAUCUUCUUACUCUUCAUCAACCAUCGUCUGGUAGAGUCAACUUCCUUAAGAAAAGCCAUUGAAACCGUGUAUGCAGCCUAUUUGCCCAAAAACACACACCCGUUCCUGUACCUCAGCAGAAUCUCACUGAACGCCUCCCACGUGCCAGCCGCUGUGUUGGUGAAACAAAGUUUGGAGAUCAGCCCCCAGAACGUGGAUGUCAACGUGCACCCCACAAAGCACGAGGUUCACUUCCUACACGAGGACAGCAUCCUGGAGCGGGUGCAACAGCACGUUGAGAGCAAGCUCCUGGGCUCCAACUCGUCCAGGAUGUACUUCACCCAGACUUUACUCCCAGGUCUUGCUGGCCCCUCCGGGGAGGUGGUUAAGUCCACAAUGGGUGUGCCCCCCUCAUCCACUUCUGGAAGCGGCGACAAGGUCUAUGCUCACCAGAUGGUCCGCACAGAUUCGCGGGAACAGAAGCUCGAUGCGUUUAUGCAGCCUGUGAGCAAGGCUCUGUCCGGUCAGCCUCAGGCCGUGGUCCCAGAAGAUGGGCCUGAGGCUUCCAGCGGCAGGGCCAGGCAGCAGGAUGAGGAAAUGCUCGAACUCCCGGAGCCUGCUGCAGUCGCUGCCACAAAUCAGGGCUUGGAGGGGGAUGCAACAGAGGGGACUUCACAAGCAUCGGAGAAGAGAGGGCCCCCUUCCAGCCCAAGUAACCCCAGAAAGAAGCCCCGGGAAAGCUCCGAUGUGGAAAUGGUGGAAGAUGAUUCCCGGAAGGAAAUGACGGUGGCUUGUACUCCCCGGAGAAGGAUCAUCAACCUCACCAGUGUCCUGAGCCUCCAGGAAGAAAUUAAUGAGCGGGGACAUGAGACUCUCCGAGAGAUGCUGCACAACCACUCCUUUGUGGGCUGCGUGAAUCCUCAGUGGGCCUUGGCACAGCAUCAGACCAAGCUAUACCUUCUCAACACCACCAAACUUAGUGAAGAACUGUUCUACCAGAUACUCAUUUAUGAUUUUGCCAAUUUUGGUGUUCUGAGGCUGUCGGAGCCAGCGCCGCUCUUUGACCUGGCCAUGCUCGCCUUAGACAGUCCCGAGAGUGGCUGGACAGAGGAGGAUGGCCCCAAAGAAGGACUUGCUGAGUACAUUGUUGAGUUUCUAAAGAAGAAGGCUGAGAUGCUUGCGGACUAUUUCUCCUUGGAGAUCGAUGAGGAAGGGAACCUGAUUGGAUUACCCCUGCUGAUCGACAACUACGUGCCCCCUUUGGAGGGCCUGCCUCUCUUCAUUCUUCGACUAGCCACCGAGGUGAACUGGGAUGAAGAACAGGAAUGUUUUGAAAGCCUCAGCAAAGAGUGUGCUAUGUUUUACUCCAUUCGGAAGCAGUAUGUAUGUGAGGAGUCGACCCUCUCAGGCCAGCAGAGUGACGCGCCCGGCUCCUUAGCAAACCCCUGGAAGUGGACUGUGGAACACGUCGUCUAUAAAGCCUUCCGCUCACACCUUCUGCCUCCUAAACGUUUCACGGAAGAUGGAAAUAUCCUACAGCUUGCCAACCUGCCCGAUCUAUACAAAGUCUUCGAGAGAUGUUAAGCACCGUCACUCUUGGACUCGGGGGUGUGCGGUUCCUGCACUGUGUCCUGAUGAGGGUAGGUCUUAUGGCUGAAGACUCCCGUCUGCCUUCUGACCCGUAGCAUUCUUUCACCCUUGGUGGAACUGACCAGAAAUAAAUUGUCAGACGCAUCCUAA